AUGAAGCUUCUAUUUUGGACAUAUGUACUGCUGAUUGUCUCUGUCUACAUAGCAGUUAUAUCUGCUCUUGCAGAUGAAAAAGGCGCAAAGGGAGCAAUCGGAGAUCCUGGACCGAUAGGAACCCAGGGAGACAAAGGAGACACAGGUCCGAAAGGUGAUGAGGGAAUACCCGGACCUCAAGGACCAAGAGGAGUCAUUGGAUCAAACGGGGACCAGGGUUCACCUGGACCACAAGGAACAAGAGGAGAAGCCGGACCGAAAGGAGAACUGGGAGAACUAGGUGCUCAGGGAAUGCCAGGACCAUUUGGAAAUGAUGCCAGCGAUGGGGCUGAUGGAGAGAAAGGACCUACAGGUGAAAAAGGAAAUGCCGGCCCUAAAGGACCAACAGGACCAAAGGGCAUGACUGGACCAAAAGGAGAUAAGGGUGACAAAGGAAAUAUCGGACAGAAAGGAGCCAAAGGUGAAAGAGGUUAUCAGGGACCACAGGGAUCGAAAGGAAAUACAGGAGAAAAAGGAGAUACCGGAAAAAACGGUUAUUAUAAUGUACGUGUACAUUUGGAUGGACAGAAUGGACAGAGUAGAAAAUUCUAUGAAACUGAGGGAAAAGGAGAAAAGGGUGACCCAGGAAACUCUGAGGGAAAAGGAGAAAAGGGUGACCCAGGAAACUCUGGCGGCAAAGGAGAAAAAGGUGACAAAGGAAACUCUAAGGGAAAAGGAGAAAAGGGUGACCCAGGAAACUCUGGAAUGAAAGGCGAACAGGGAGAAAAAGGAGACCAGGGAGAAAAAGGCGACAAGGGAGGCAAAGGAGACCAAGGAAACACAGGUGACAAAGGGGACACAGGAAUGAAAGGAGACAAAGGAGACACGGGUGACACAGGAGAAAAAGGAGAAGCAGGAAACAAUGGUGGAAAAGGAGAAAAGGGUGACAAAGGAAACACUGGAGGAAAAGGAGAACCAGGAAACAAUGGAAACAAAGGUGGAAAAGGAGAAAAGGGUGACAAGGGAAACACUGGAGAAAAAGGAGAACCAGGAAACAAUGGAAACAAUGGAGGAAAAGGAGAACCAGGAAACAAUGGAAACAAUGGUGGAAAAGGAGAAAAGGGUGACAAGGGAAACACUGGAGAAAAAGGAGAACCAGGAAACAAUGGAAACAAUGGAGGAAAAGGAGAACCAGGAAACAAUGGAAACAAUGGAGGAAAAGGAGAACCAGGAAACAAUGGAAACAAUGGUGGAAAAGGAGAAAAGGGUGACAAGGGAAACACUGGAGAAAAAGGAGAACCAGGAAACAAUGGAAACAAUGGAGGAAAAGGAGAACCAGGAAACAAUGGAAACAAUGGUGGAAAAGGAGAAAAGGGUGACAAGGGAAACACUGGAGAAAAAGGAGAACCAGGAAACAAUGGAAACAAUGGAGGAAAAGGAGAACCAGGAAACAAUGGAAACAAUGGUGGAAAAGGAGAAAAGGGUGACAAGGGAAACACUGGAGGAAAAGGAGAACCAGGAAACAAUGGAAACAAUGGUGGAAAAGGAGAAAAGGGUGACAAGGGAAACACUGGAGGAAAAGGAGAACCAGGAAACAAUGGAAACAAAGGAGAAAAAGGAGAACCAGGAAACAAUGGAAACAAAGGAGAAAAAGGAGAACCAGGAAACAAUGGAAACAAAGGAGGAAAAGGAGAACCAGGAAACAAUGGAAACAAAGGAGGAAAAGGAGAACCAGGAAACAAUGGAAACAAUGGUGGAAAAGGAGAAAAGGGUGACAAGGGAAACACUGGAGGAAAAGGAGAACCAGGAAACAAUGGAAACAAAGGUGGAAAAGGAGAUAAGGGUGACAAGGGAAACACUGGAGGAAAAGGAGAACCAGGAAACAAUGGAAACAAAGGUGGAAAAGGAGAAAAGGGUGACAAGGGAAACACUGGAGGAAAAGGAGAACCAGGAAACAAUGGAAACAAAGGAGGAAAAGGAGAACCAGGAAACAAUGGAAACAAAGGAGAUAAAGGAGAACCAGGAAGCAAUGGAAACAAAGGAGGAAAAGGAGAACCAGGAAACAAUGGAAACAAAGGAGGAAAAGGAGAACCAGGAAACAAUGGAAACAAUGGUGGAAAAGGAGAAAAGGGUGACAAGGGAAACACUGGAGGAAAAGGAGAACCAGGAAACAAUGGAAACAAAGGUGGAAAAGGAGAAAAGGGUGACAAGGGAAACACUGGAGGAAAAGGAGAACCAGGAAACAAUGGAAACAAAGGUGGAAAAGGAGAAAAGGGUGACAAGGGAAACACUGGAGGAAAAGGAGAACCAGGAAACAAUGGAAACAAAGGAGAAAAAGGAGAACCAGGAAACAAUGGAAACAAAGGAGAAAAAGGAGAACCAGGAAACAAUGGAAACAAAGGUGGAAAAGGAGAACCAGGAAGCAAUGGAAACAAAGGUGGAAAAGGAGAAAAGGGUGACAAGGGAAACACUGGAGGAAAAGGAGAACCAGGAAACAAUGGAAACAAAGGAGAAAAAGGAGAACCAGGAAACAAUGGAAACAAAGGAGAAAAAGGAGAACCAGGAAACAAUGGAAACAAAGGAGAAAAAGGAGAACCAGGAAACAAUGGAAACAAAGGUGGAAAAGGAGAAAAGGGUGACAAGGGAAACACUGGAGGAAAAGGAGAACCAGGAAACAAUGGAAACAAAGGAGAAAAAGGAGAACCAGGAAACAAUGGAAACAAAGGAGAAAAAGGAGAACCAGGAAACAAUGGAAACAAAGGAGGAAAAGGAGAACCAGGAAACAAUGGAAACAAAGGUGGAAAAGGAGAAAAGGGUGACAAGGGAAACACUGGAGGAAAAGGAGAACCAGGAAACAAUGGAAACAAAGGAGGAAAAGGAGAACCAGGAAACAAUGGAAACAAAGGUAUGAAUUUACAGUUUUAA